ACCAAGUGGACACUCUCUUCUUUAAACUUCAAAUUGAAAGGGCACCAAGAAAGAAGCUUCCUUAAGAAACAUCCUCUUCCAUUAAAGAAGAAGAAGAAGAGGCUUUCAUUAGUAAAGUUAGUGUCUUGGUUGAAUUCCUGUGUCUACAACAAGAAUUAAAUUGGUGUCUUUGAGAGAGAUCUUAGAACACCAUGGCUUCUCAGGAGCACUUGGACAAGAUGCAGUUACGACAGAACUAUAGAAAUCUCUGGCACACUGAUUUAAUGGGCACCAUUAAAGCUGAUGCCCCAUAUUGCUGCUUGGCUUUUUGGUGUGGGCCAUGUGUAUCAUACUUGCUCCGCAAACGAGCACUUUACAAUGACAUGUCAAGGUACGUUUGUUGUGCUGGUUACAUGCCUUGUAGUGGCAGGUGUGGUGAAAGUCGGUGCCCUGAACUUUGUCUUGCCACAGAGGUAUUCCUUUGCUUUGGAAAUUCAGUGGCCUCUACUCGCUUUAUGUUGCAAGAUGAAUUCAACAUUCAAACUACAAGAUGUGAUAAUUGCAUUAUUGGUUUUAUGUUCUGCCUCCAACAAAUUGCAUGCAUAUUUUCUAUAGUUGCAAUGAUUGUUGGAAGUGAAGAAAUUCAAGAGGCUUCCCAGUUGCUAUCUUGUUUGGCUGAUAUGGUGUACUGCACGGUUUGUGCUUGUAUGCAGACACAACACAAGAUUGAAAUGGACAAAAGAGACGGCAUGUUUGGGCCACAACCGGUGAUGGCAGUGCCCCCUGUUCAGCAGAUGUCACGCAUUGAUCAGCCAAUUCCUCCCUCAGUUGGAUAUGCACCUCAAACAUACGGACAGCCCUAUGGACAACCCUAUGGUUAUCCACCGCAGCCCCACCAAGGGUACCCCGUAGCAGGUUAUCCUCCAUCUAACUACCCACCCCCUGCGUAUCCACCAUCUGGCUAUCCAAAGUGAUCUUUUCACUGUGAUAAAUGUUGUCGUGCAAUCUCAGACAAACAUUUCAUUGUGGCUAGUAUUGGUUUGGAGGUGAUGAAAAGUUCGAACCUCUGAGUUGUGUCUGGGAAACAAAUAUCUUUUAUUAUAUAUUAAUUAAUAUAUAAUAUAACUUUGAAUGAAUAUGAGAAUGAUUGUUAUUCGUGCACCA